AUGAGAGUAUUGGACAUCCUGGCCCUGACGUCAGCGCUGGGUCUAAUGAUGCCCAUCUACUGUUCACAGGCCUCUCAGUCCUCUGAAGAACUGCUGCCGGCCAUGCAAAAGAGUAAGAUUUCUCUUAUUUCAACCGGGAGACACAGCACAGAGAUGCGCCUCUUGGUCAGUUUCCCUCUGGUGUUGUCCCUGGUGCUGGCGUCGGGUUUGGAGACGCUGGACUCCACGCAGCAACUGCAGCGCAGCGGCUUCGGCCAGCCCCCCCCCCGCCACGGCCUCAAGCUGCUGGUGUGGUACGUCCAGAGCUGCCUGGACAACAACCUGCUGGCUCUGUGCGAUCCAAGGCCGGGCCAAUACGGAUUCCACCCGUUCAAGAACCGAGGGCCCAGCCCUUUGCUUCCGGUGAUCAGGGACAAGCGCCAAUAUGGAUACUACACGAUUGGAAACCUGCACUCUCCCCACGCCGAAGACCUGCCGUACGAAGUCAGGAAGUAUUACAACCGCAGCAACCCGGAGAGCAACAAAGACCGAGUUCUGGUGAGAUACAACAGCAACACGAACCACGUCGAUCAGCUCUACGCGUCUGGACAUUAUGAGCCAAAAGAGACCUACAUAAUUGGGCCAAAUCUUUUUGCUGCUCUUCGACACGGACAGACAAUCAAAAAACAAACACGCUCCGUUUGCGUGGGAAGCUAGUGGACUCUUUUCUCAGCAACCUAAACAGCUUUACAAAACUUUAUGUGAGUAACCUUAAAGUGCUAUUUCAGAUGGUUAUGAGAUUUGAUCUGCUUUUGAAACUUUCAGGAAAAUGCAGUUUCAA